AAACUACGACGGAAUCUUAUUCUGUAUCAAGUUCACACCACAGCAUAGAGCACUGUUUGUCAAUGCCUCCGCAGUUCCUCUCAGGUUUCUGUUUCCUCUCUGCAUCAGUUUGCCAGAAACAUGGCAGUCGGGGGUGAAGAUUUUGAUUCUUGGCUUAGUGUGAAAUUGAAAGCGUUGAAUACUGAUGAAGGAGUGUUUGGUUCCUACAUAAAAGGAAUUUUAGCAGGCGAAGAAGAAACCGUUGAAGAUAAAACAGAAGCAUUAGAGGGAAUACUUUCUGAGAUAACCGAAAAUGACAUCCCUGCUCAUUGUCGAGAGAUUAUGGAUAAAUGGCAAAACGUGGGCCAGGGACAAGCCCACUCGAAAGAAUCCGCGGAGGUAGUAGAGGAUGUAGAUGUGAAGUUGGCCCGACUUUUGGAAUCGCAAGCUCGUCCUACAACUGUUCAGAGGACAUACACUGAAGAGGAGCGUCGUAUUCGGGAGGCCAUUCUGGCACAAUAUAGUCAGAGGCGCGAGCCGUGGGGUGAGCGCCACGGCACCGGCACUCGGCGCGCACGCCCAUGUGUGCUCAAGGCCGGCAGGCGUCCGCAUCCAGACAGACGGAAGAGCCUGAAGGACAGGAAGGACGGGACGAGGCUACCGCCGAUACAUCAUGCAGGGUCAGGAGCAACGUGCAGCCGUGCGGGUCAGAUCCAACUACAGCACAUGUCUGACCAAGAAGAGGAGGAGCCUGCUGAAGGUGAAAGUAAAGAAAAGGAGAGCGGUUUAGCACGCAACACAAAUGCAGCAGUGGUAGCACAAGCAGAGAAGGAGAAGCGAGAGAAGGCCAAACUAGAAAGCCAACGUAAAAAAGAAAAAGAUAAAGAAGACCGAGAGAAGCAAAAGCAAAUGCAACAAGAGAAGAAAGAAAAGCGUAGAACACAGAAAGGAGAGCGCCGCAGAUAGCAAGAUGUUCAGGUUCAGCCAGUGUUCCUUUCGAGUUGGUGUUGUGUUGUGUUUAUUUAUUAUCUUUGGAUUAUGUGCUCCAAUUCCACUAGACAUCGCUUCCACUGGACAGAGAAAUAUCAGACACUGCAUGGGCAUUAGUACACCGUCGGGCACAGCUGCUGUGAGUCUAAGUGAAAAGCAGCUCGAUAUUAAUUUCCUAUGUACCUUAAGAGGGUUGGCUGCUUAAUCUGUUGGAUCUCCUUUUAGAUGGCUCUAUUAGGAUAUCAAACAGUUCCAGUGCAGAGAAUGCAGAUCUGAACAAAACUUUCUUUGUUAACUUAUUCUGCUUUUGAGAAUAUGGAAAGUUAAAUACUAGCUAAUCAACUAUGUGAUUCCUUCCAAGGAUUUGUUAAAAUAAAGCCAAAAAACAGUAUUACAAUAAUGCCCCAAAAUGUGUAAUCAAAUUUGAUUUGUUCUGAUACAUUUUGCUUCAAUUUGUACUUAGUUUAUCAUGCACACUUUCAAUUUUCUUGUAAUGAAUUUUUUAAAUUUUUGAACUGUAUAUUGUAUAUUCUGUCCAUUAUAUGAGAUUUUAUGUAAAAUUUUUAUUUUGAUUUGUGAUGAAAAAAAAGAUAUGGAAACUUCAGAUAUUUAUAAUUUUGCUUUAAUAUCCGUAUAACAGAAGAUUGUGGAGAAUGCAAUGUGGGCUUAUUAAUAUAUAAACAUUUUUCUUGAUUUAAUCACAUUUUUAAGCUAUAAUACUUUACAUUUGAUUGUCAAAAUCUUCACUUAAAAGAAAUGGAGUAGUAAUAUUAUUUUGUGAAGUAUAUAAUGAUUAAUUCUCUUGAAAAAUCAGUUAUCGUUUGCAAUGAAUUUCAAGUAGUUUGUAGUUUUCUUCUAAUGUGUAAAUUUAUUAAUCUGACUUCAUUGUUAUUAAUGUUCUCAAAAUAUGAUAGCAUCAACAAUGAUUAAUAAAAGCAGUGAUGGAAGGUAUGUUACUAUUUUGAGAACAGCUUCUUGUGUAGGUUUGAAGUAUUUUUGAAGGANUCUUUCAAAAACUGGUUCUUGUGAUU